CUGAUAUUCUGGCUCUGUUAUUGCUGCGUGCAGAUCAUCAUGUCGAGCCGCAAGCAUGAAGCCAGCCUUGUCAAGCGCCAUUUUGAUGUCCUUGGCCCCGCGGGUAAGGAUCCUUCGAAGGGGGGAAAGUGGUGGCUCUGCCAUUACUGCGAUCUAAAUUUUUCAGGCAAUCUCAAUCACCUGAAGGAACAUUUCACGAAGGGGAUUUGCGCAGUUGAGAAAUCAACGAAAACAUUGACCGCAGAGGAAAUAUUGAGAAGGAAGGAAGGAUUGCAACAGCCAAGGAUAGACUCGGGCAUGCCGAGGGAUGGUGCCAAUGCCCUACCUAUUGUCACCAGUUUGGUGGCUGCUCCUAUGGGCGGGGGUUUGGUCGAAGGGGUGGGCGACGCUUGUGGCGGAGCGGCGGGCGACACUUGUGACGAAGGGGUGGGCGGCAGCGGGCCAGGUAUCACGGUGCAUCGCACAGGUGCAUCUGCUGCACCUGCUACACGAAUGCCACAGAUGGUGUUGGAGGAGACCGACAGCGUCGUCACAAAGAAUGAGCAGAUGUUAAGAAGUGUAGACCGUUGGAUGACGUGCACGAACCAACCAUUCAACAUGGUUGAGAACGAGUUCUUCAACGACAUGGUGAACGCCAUACGAGACGCCCACCCAUCAUGGAGACUGCACUCGAGAGAGGCAACGUGUAAUGGCCGAUUGUUCGGACAGCACCAGAGGGCGAUCGAGGACGUGGGGAGGUUGGCGAAGAAGUGGGCUCGCACAGGCUGUAUGGUGCAAGUAGAUGGGUGGUCUGACCGGCGGGGACGACCACACGUAAAUGUCAUGGUGUCCUCUCCCAUCGGCACCGUCUUUUGGAAGUCGGUGUGCGUAGCGGGAAAGGACAAAGACGCUAGUGCGUACUACGGAAUACUCACCGCUGCGAUUGAGGAGAUUGGCCCAAGAAGUGUGGUUGGGGUGAUCAUGGAUAAUGCCCGGGUUUGUGUGAAGGCCGGGAAGUUGGUGGAGAAAAAAUACCCGUGGAUAUUUCGGGUGGGUUCCACGGCGCAUGCCCUUGACCUCGCAUUGGAGGACAUGGACAAGCGCAUUCCGUGGUUUGCAGAGACUGUGAAGAGGGGGAAUGUGUUGGGGAAGUUCGUGAUGAACCACGACAAGGUUCGAGCACUCUUCCUGACCAAAUCGGGUGGUGUGCAGAUUAAGAGGCCGGGUGUCACUCGAUUCGCGACCAACAUCAUCAUGUUGCAGUCGUUGUGGGACAGGAGAAACGCCCUGAAAUUGACUGUGGUUGCCAGCGGGUGGGUCUCCUCCAUAAUGCCGCCCCACUUGCGUUCUCAAUUUGAGGAGGUGACAGUGACUAUCUUGGAUGGAGGCUUUUGGGAGCGGGUGGACAAGGCCUUCAGGACCACGGACCCCAUCGUAACGCUAUUGAAGCUCGUCGAUGGUCCGGGCGCAACAAUCGCCAAGGUUUAUCAUCAAAUGGAUAGUGUGGUGGAGUCGAUUCGCAAGUUGGACAUCUUGACAGACUUCGAGAAGGCACAGGUCGAGUCGAUCCUCAUGGAUCAAUGGGCAUCGUCGAGCUCCUUCAAAGACACCGAGAUCCGAGUCGGGUUCAACAUAUGGUUGUACACCUGGUGCAUUGACGAGAUGUUCAAUGACGUGAGCUGGCAGGUUGACGAGUGGGUGAAUUUGAGGGGGGGCUUGCAAUCAGAGGAAGCUUUGCGUGCAGCACGCACCAAGACCCCAGAGAUGUUGUGGGAUGAGUUUGGCUCGCGGCUGCAUCUUUUGCAGCCCCAAGCGAUCAGACUGUUGGGCCACGCAAGCUCAUCUGCGGCAUGCAAACGCAACUGGAGUCUGCAUGAGUUCGUUUUUGGCAGGAGGAGGACGGAGCUUAUGCCCACCUGCCUAUCAAAGCUCGUCUACAAGAAUUGGAACCUCCACCUGCAGUGGAGGCAAGAGCACGGACGUGGUGUGGAUGAUGUCCACAUUCCGUGGGUGGAGGAAAUGUCGAACGCCGAGUUGAAGGAGGAGGCAGAGCAAUUCAACAAUGACGCGUCGGACAAGGAAGAACAGUCAGAGGACGCGUCGGACAAGGAAGACGAGUCAGAGGACGCCGAGUGGCGGGAAUGACGCGUCGGACAAGGAAGACGAGUCAGAGGACGACGACCAUGGCGAGGAAGGUGGUUGCGCAAUGACGAGGUGGACAAUGCAAUGGACCAGGAGGAAGGCCUUGCGCACAUAGAUAUAUGCACGAACAACUGACACUUCAACACUCCACCGGGGAGGCAGCUGGAGCGUGCCUUGCGAAGGUUGUCGGGCCAUCAGCGCCCAGCACCUGAAGUGUGGUAUAACAAGAAGGACCGAGAGCUUGCGCUGCGGCAUCCAUAGAAGGUGGGUCUUGCAAUCGUCGCCCGAGGAAAUCGUCGUGUUCCGUUGGCGUGUAAAGAGUCAAGUUGGAGCAAUAAAAGACCGGGUACACG